AUGUCUGAAGUAAAUGUUCCGGUGUUCUGUUGCUGGAACGGUUGCAUCAAGGAUGGCACUAAUGGCAUAUACUAUGAAGGGUCCAAUUAUAGAAUGACCACUGUGAAGGGAAAGACUAAGUUUAACGAAUUGCUGGAUCAUCUGUAUCAAGUUACUGGGUUAGAUAGGAAGAGAUCAAAGUUUGGUAUAAUCGGUAGAUAUCCUACAGAUAUUCAAGCGUUUAGGGUUAAGUAUAAACCUCUUCCCGUGGUGGACGACACUAGUUUGGAGACUAUGCUUGAGAUUACAACCAAACAUCCUUAUAUUAAAGACAUUGACCUGUAUUUGGAAGUGGAAUCGACAUCCGUUGGAGUUAUUGAUCCUGCUACUUGUUCAUCGCCUUCAGACAUUCUUGGUGGUUCUUCGAAAAGACAGAAGACCGAUAUACAUGUUAAGUUAGAGAGGGAGACGGAUAGAAACUCAGAAUCAGAUGGCGUGGUACACUUGGUUGAUAGCAGCACUUUGAAUAAAGAUUCCAUUUCUGGUCAUGUUUCAAAACCGUGUAUGUCUAGUUUGUGGCUUGACGAUCAUGACUUGCGAGUAGGAUUGUGCUUUAAAGAUGGCGAUGAGCUGAAGAAGGCAGUGGACUGGUGUUCCCUUAAAGCUCAGCAAAAGUGUGUAGUACGAGAGACUGCAAAGGACGAGUAUAUCUUUGAGUGCAUCAGAUGGAAAUGCAAGUGGUCACUUGGAGCCGCUAGAAUGAAAAAGCACGGACUUGUCGAGAUAAUCAAGUAUACUGGUCCACAUACUUGUCAUCCCAUUGUUCCAGAAGAUUUCAAAUCAGAGUUUGAAACAGAUGAGAUUGAACGUGCGGUCAGGUAUAUGCCCACACAAACAAUUUCAGAGUUGAAGAAGUGGUGGAAAAAAAAAAUUGGCUAUGAGCUUGAAACUUCUGAUGUGCGGUUAGCGAAAGAGAAAGCUAUCAAAAGAGUUUUUGGAGAUUGGGAUCAAAGUUUUGAAGAUUUUCCCAAGUUAAUGUCUGCCCUUUGUUCAUCUAAUGGACUCCUUGUGGACUGGAAGUAUGAUCUUUUUCCUAAUCCUAAUUUUGCAUCCUUCUGUGGUGUGUUUUGGGCGUUCCCACAGUCUAUAGAAGGGUUUCAACACUGUAGACCUCUGAUCGUAGUGGAUACCAAAAACUUGAACUGUGAGUACCAAUUGAAAUUGAUGAUUGCCUCAGGAGUUGAUGCAGCCAACAAAUAUUUUCCACUUGCCUUUGCGGUUACUAAAGAAGUUUCUACUGAUAUUUGGCGUUGGUUUCUCACUGGAAUCAGAGAGAAGGUUACACAAAGGAAAGGCCUUUGCCUCAUUUCCAGUCCCCACCCCGACAUAAUUGCUGUUGUCAACGAAUCUGGGUCUCAGUGGCAAGAACCUUGGGCUUAUCACAGGUUCAGUCUGAAUCAUUUUUACUCCCAAUUCUCUCGUGUUUUUCCAAGCUUCUGCCUGGGGGCUCGCAUUAGGCGGGCUGGGUCCACGAGUCAGAAGGAUGAGUUUGUUUCCUACAUGAAUGACAUCAAAGAGAAGAACCCAGAAGCUCGGAAAUGGUUAGACCAAUUCCCUCAAAAUCGGUGGGCUCUGGCUCAUGACAAUGGUCGGAGAUAUGGAAUCAUGGAGAUAAAUACAAAAGCUUUGUUUGCAGUUUGUAACGCAUUUGAGCAGGCUGGUCAUGUAGUGACAGGUUCCGUGCUUCUUCUAUUUGAUGAACUGAGAUCCAAGUUUGACAAGUCUUUUAGUUGUAGCCGAAGUUCUCUUAACUGCGGCGAUGUGUACACCGAGCCUGUCAUGGACAAGCUUGAAGAAUUCAGGACAACUUUCGUUACUUACAGUUACAUUGUAACGCCCUUAGACAAUAACGCCUUUCAGGUUGCAACAGCGUUAGAUAAGGGUGAAUGUAUUGUUCAGCUGAGCGACUGCAGCUGCACAUGCGGGGAUUUUCAGCGUUACAAAUUCCCAUGUCUACACGCUCUAGCCGUCUGCAAGAAGUUGAAAUUCAACCCUUUACAGUAUGUAGACGACUGUUACACUCUUGAACGGUUAAAAAGAACUUACGCCACCAUUUUCUCUCAUGUUCCGGAAAUGUCAGCUUGGCCGGAAGCUUCUGGAGUUCCGAGAUUGCUUCCUCCUGUCAUUCCACCGUCACCACCUCCAUCACCUCCAACUUACGUAUCAGGUACCAAAUGCAGAACUACUCCUCUCGCUACUAAGAAGAAGAGCUGA